UGCUUCUUGUUUCCCGCUCCUCGCGCAGCCUCACAUCCUUCGGCGUCGUUCACAUCAGGCUGGGGAGCGCGUGUGCGCGCGCCAGUGUUCCGGGGCUUGGUGACGCCGACUCGUCAUGCCGCUGCAGCCCAGAGGAGGACCAGCAUCAGGGGGCUUUUGAGCUCGAGGCGGGACGGAGAAAUGCGGGCGUCGCGUCGUGCUCGUGCUCACCGUGAAGCCCAGUCCUGCCGUCGGCUCAUCUAAGCGGCGCUGCUCGGACUCAGACGCCGCGGGGACUAUGUGAGCACCAUGCUCGCUGUGGGGUGCCUGCUGUUCGCCGCGGCGUGCGCGCGGUGCACCGCGACAGGUGCGGAGGAGCGGUCGCAGCCCGCAGAGGAGCGCGUGCAGCCCAGGCGGCUCCUGCAGCAGAUCCACACGGAGGAGGAGCUGCUCCACAGCCGCCUGGACACCCGAGUGAGGAACUCCACGGCGGGGGUGCGGCCCAUCCAUCUGGCACAGAGCAGCUUCCUGGUGGAGGCUUUUGGCACGUCCUUCAUCCUUGACCUGGAGCUGAACCACAACCUCUUGUCUACAGACUAUGUGGAGCGUUACUAUAAUGAGGAUGGACAGCCGGCCCAGACUGCGGGAGGGGAGCACUGCUACUACCACGGGCGCGUGCGUGGGGCGCCGGCGUCGUGGGCCGCUCUGUCCACCUGCCACGGCCUGCGGGGGAUGUUCUCCGACGGGAAGUCCUCGUACGGCAUCGAACCCGCGGGCGGCGAGCAGGCGAGUUGGGACCACAUCGUGUACCGGAUGCCAGACGUCGACCUGUCUCCUCCUCCCUGUCCAGGUAGAACCUGUCCACAUACACACACAGUGUCCUCCUCGCCACCCGAGCAGGAGCUGAAGGAUGGAGACGACCGGUCUGGAGAGGACAAGCCAGCGCUCGAAGGGCUGAGACGCUCGAAAAGACAAGUGAGGAGAGGCCAGCGCACAGUCCAGACUGAGACCAAGUACAUCGAGCUGAUGGUUGUCAACGACCACGAGCUGUUUGUGCAACUCCGUCGUUCUGCCACUCAGACCAAGAACUUUGCCAAAGCAGUGGUGAACAUGGCCGACGCGAUCUAUAAGGAGCAGCUGAACACUCGCAUCGUCCUGGUGGCCAUGGAAACGUGGUCGUCUGAAAACAGGGUCUCCGUGGGCGACGACCCGCUGCUCACCCUGCGCGACUUCAUGAAAUACAGGAAGGAGAGCAUCAAGGAGCGCUGUGACGCUGUGCACCUGUUCUCCGGGAGGACAUUCAUGAGCAGCCGCAGCGAGGCCGCCUACAUCGGUGGCAUCUGCUCCGUCACCAGGGGCGGAGGCAUCAAUGAGUUCGGCAGCGUGGGCCCCAUGGCCAUCACCUUGUGUCGGAGCCUCGGCCAGAACAUCGGCAUGCUGAGGAACAAGGAGCGAGCGUCUGCAGGAGACUGCCGGUGUCCAGAUCCGUGGCUGGGCUGUAUCAUGGAGGACACAGGGUACUACCUCCCUAGGAAGUUCUCUCGCUGCAGCAUAGACGAGUACCUGCGCUUCCUGCAGCAGGGGGGAGGGAGCUGCCUCUUCAACAAGCCCAGCAGGCUGCUGGAUCCGCCCGAAUGCGGCAACGGAUACGUGGAGCCGGGAGAGGAGUGUGACUGCGGAUUGCUGGUGGAGUGUGCGCGGAGCGGAGCCAGCUGCUGCAAGAAGUGCACGCUUACCCACAAUGCAAUGUGCAGCAACGGGCUCUGCUGCAGAGACUGCAAGUACGAGCUGAGAGGCGUGACCUGCCGCGAGGCCGUCAACGACUGUGACAUUCCCGAGACCUGCGUGGGAGACUCCAGCCAAUGUCCUCAUAACGUCCACAAACUGGACGGCUACAUGUGCGAUGCUGGUCAGGGCCGAUGCUACGGAGGCCGCUGUAAGACCAGAGAUGGCCAGUGCAGGACUCUGUGGGGCUACAACUCUGCAGACAGGUUUUGCUACGAGAAGCUGAACUCCGAGGGCACGGAGAAAGGCAACUGUGGCCCAGACCCGGGCGGACACGGAUGGGUUCAGUGCAACAAGCAAGAUGUCCUGUGCGGUUUGCUGCUGUGCACCAACCUGACGGCUCAGCCGAGGUUCGGCGAGCUGCAGGGGAAGAUCACCAGCCUGACAAUCCACCACCAGAACCGAUACCUGGACUGCAGGGGGGGCCACGCCGUGCUGGACGACGGCCUGGACCUGGGCUACGUAGAGGACGGGACGCCCUGUGGUCCAAACAUGAUGUGUCUGGAGCGCCGCUGCCUCCCCGUCCCCACCUUCAACCUCAGCACCUGCCCAGGCUCCUCGUCUUCACGCAUCUGCUCCCACCACGGGACGUGCAGUAACGAGGUGAGGUGUAUAUGUGACCCGGACUACACGGGGAAGGACUGCAGCGUGUUUGACCCCAUCCCCAUCCCAACGCCACCGGACGGCCCGGAGAAAUACAGAGGUCCCAGCGGUACCAACAUCAUCAUAGGCUCGGUCGCCGGUGCCAUUCUGGUGGCAGCGAUAGUCCUGGGGGGAACGGGCUGGGGCUUUAAGAACAUCCGGAGAGGAAGGUACGACCCCACCUUUCAGUCCUGAUCCGUCUUCCACAUUAAUGCCAUUGGUUUUAUAAGCUGUUGUCUGUUCUUAGCAUACGUUUGCCUCAGUAUCGUUUGCACUGUCACUAAAAGCACUGACAUGUCUGAUGUUGUGUUUAUUUCUCAUUUCUCAUGACUUUCAAUACCAAGUCAAAUGGUUAAUGAUCUUUAUGAAUUAUGUUAAUUUGGAUUAACUACUCAAAUUAACACAAGUGAGGAAAUAUACAUUUACACGUACUUUAGACAAUUAGUCUUUAGCUCCUCAUUGUCAAAUAAGUUUCCAUUUCAAAGUCUUCUCUUUGUGUUUGUGUCUGUAAAUCACUGAAAAACAAGGCUCAUUAUUUAGUCGACUGUUACAGAACAUGAGCUUUUUAUUUGAUUAUGAAACAGUAAAUGCAACCAACAAAAGGAAACUCUAAUAUAACUAAGCAUGUUGUGUUUGAUGUUUUUUUUUUGUUUGAUGUUAUAUUUUGGCACAUUGAUUUUUAUGUAGUCACUUACUUUAAUUUAAUCGGGUUUGAAUCAUUUAAGGAGGAUCUUGGGUCAGAAAUUGGCCAUUCUAGAUAAUUCUCCUGUUGCUUCUAUGAGGCUGCUUCAUUUUCUUCUUCUCUCCUCCUCCUCUUUCCUCCCUU